AUGUUGGGGUCCGAGGAAGCCUCUAUGGAGGCUCGGGGUGUCUUUGGCGAGGUUCCAAACAGGGGGUUCCAGGAUGUCCGAGAGAGAGGCUAUGUUGCAGCUUGCGCGCUGAGCUAUGGCGCAGGGGAACGCCGCCGCACCAGCCUAUUGCUUCUUGCUAUUCCCGCAGCCCAGGCACCAGGCCUAGGAAGGCUAGGAUACGCAGUGAACGAGACGGCCUGCUUCACGUUUGUCUCCCACUUUAUUCCUGUGUCGAAUUACCUGGACAUGGAUACUGACUUAGAGCAACAGGAUUGUGAUACAUUCAGACCUUCUAUCAGUGGCUCAACCACUGAGACCUCAUGGCAGAGAACUAAUCCCAAAGAACAAAGAGAUGACAAGAACUGUGAGUCAUCGAAGCCAGUGUUGAAUGAAGUGAGCAGCAACUCGGCAGCUACAGCUCAUUCCAGACGCAUUGACAAUGAUGCAAGUCUCCUCUCAGGUGGUUCUGCCACCGACUACAAAAAGCCUCUGGGGAGCCUGAAGGCUGAAGAUUCUCAGGACUUUACUUUUUUUGACAACAGUCUGAAGGCUUCUCAUGAUGGCAGCGUAUUGGAUCCUCUCCCUGGACAGGGCAUGGGGGAAGGGGAGGGAGGUAGCCCUUCUUUCAUAUCUUGUUUCCAGGUUUCUCCUCAGUUGUCUGUGAUAUCUGCCUCCAAGAAAGGAGUCUCAGCAGUUGCGGGGAGCCAUUCCCCUACCCGCCCACCGUCCUCCUUUUCUCCACAGCUCCAUGUUACCAGUACCGGAGACUCCAGCCUCCCAUGUGCCCAAACACAGGGAUCUGAAAGGUGUCCCAGUGUAGGAGGCAGACUGAGUGCUUCCAUUUUGGAAUCAAUGACACGAAACCAAGUGGCAAAUGCUAGCCAGCAACAGGACAAGAUCCAGCCUCAUGAGCCAUACUCUUUCUGUCAUGGUGCUCACCAGGAGAUCUCAGGUGGCAGGUCUCUUGCUUCUGAAUCCUAUGGAGUAUUGGAAAUGAUUCAUGACAACCAGCAACUUGCCCACAAGCCCCUCAAUGGCCAGCCUCCUGUCUUGCGUCUACGUGGUGGAACUUCAGAAACAAAUUCCAAUGGGACAGCAGCCUGGGGUGCCCCACCACCACCAUCUGCAGCUAAUGCUGGUUGGGGUCAGGCAUCUAGUGGUGGUUCUUCUGCAGUCCAGAGCUCUGCUGAUGCAGCUGCCCAAAAGAGGGAACUGGAGAAGAUCCGAGAGGCCCUUCAUAGCAAUGAUGGUUGGGGAGGGCAGAAUGUUAACCAGGAUACUGCAUGGGAUGUUCCUUCACCUCCUCAUAGUCCCAAAGAUGAGAACCCGAACAAGCCAGCUCCUAACACUGGCACAGAGUUGUGGCAUGCUAAUCUGCGCAAUGGUGGAGUUCCAAGGGCAGAACCUCAGCCAUCAAAGGCUCAGUGGACUCCUAGUACAAAUAGAUUUGGUGGCCAGUGGGGAGAAGAUGACAACGAUGUUGAUGGAGGGAGUAUGUGGCAUGAUGGUGCCAGUCAGUGGGGUGCUACUGGAGGCCCUAGCACCAAUAUGUGGGGCGGGGGUGGAGGUGGAGGUGGAGGUGGAGGAGAUUCAGGAAGUGGAGGAAGUGGAUGGGCCAUGCCUCCCAAGCCAGGUGGCCCUGUGAACAACUGGGGUAAUCAAGGAGUGAAGGAUGUGAAACCUGUAGGAUGGGAGGAGCCUUCUCCCCCAACCAACCGCAGGGGCAUGGGAGGUAGCUAUGAUGAUGGGACUGGAGUCUGGAGUGCUGGAACACAGCCUCAAGGGAAAAUAAAUAGAUGGAGCAAGGAUAUGCCACCUGGUCAGAUGGGCCGUGGGAUGGGAGGUCCCCAGAGUAGAAUGCCACCUCCAGGUCCCAGUGGCAUGAUGCAGAGAUCAUCUGGAUAUCGUGGCUGGGAUGAUUCUGGGCACUCGGAUGGCGGUCCAAGUGGGUGGGCUGGUCAUGGAGGAGACCCUACUUCUCCAGUUGGAGGUCCAAUGGGCUGGGUAAAAGCCAAAGGUCAUGGAUCUCAUUGGGCAGGUGAUAAUGACCUCAUGGAUGGAAGUCCUUGGCCUGGACCUGUCAACAAGCCGGGACUGACACAGAUUCCGAAGGAGGCUCUCUAUCCAAGCAAAUUCCGCAUCCUUGCUGAAAUGGGAUACAAGAAAGAGGACAUUGAAGCUGCAAUGCGCCACAACAACUUCAAUAUGGACGAUGCACUGAUGGAACUGAGCCGAACAUAUGGUAGAGGAGCACUUGGAGCAGGUCUUCAUUCAGACAUGGAUCCAACCAAUUGGGGAGGUGCACCUCGCAUGGAUGAAGGAUCUGGCCCUGCACCUGCUGGACCCCAGUUCAACACUGGCAUACCACCUAAUCUACACUUUACCGGAGCUGAUGCAACUGGGAACCGUUAUGGUGCUGGACCAGCUCAAGUUCCUUUCAAUCCACCUAUCCUGAGUCAGAAAUUGAGCAACAAUACACUUCAUUUGCUGAGCCAGUUACUUCAUCAGAUCAAAGUCCUCCAGGAACUCAAUCGCCAGCAAGCUUUGCUGCAGACCCAAUCACAGUUCAAUCGCAGUGCUCCCUCCUCACUUCUCAAUCUUUCCGUCCAAGUGACCAAAUGCAAGCAGAACAUUGCCAACCUCCAGAAUCAGAUUGCUGUUCAACAGGCCUUGUACAUGAAACAGCAGCAGCACCAGGGGCCAGCCGGUCACGGAGGAGAUGCGUUUAAGCCUCCAUCAGGACUUGGAAUGACCACUGGUGCUGAUCCAAUGAAUGCCUUGCUCCCUCCUUUGGCAAAUUUGGAUCUUGGUGGUGGAGGUGUUCCAUCUGUACCUUUGUGUGAUCCACAACAGACGCCACCAUCCCGUCUUUUCAACCAAUGGAAGCAUCCCUCCAAGGAUGAGCAAGUCACAGGUCCUAAUGCUGGUAAUGAGUUCAGUCGGGCUCCUGGUCCCUUGAGCUCCUCGUCCAAGUCCAAUAUGGCUCCAACUACUUCACCUCUUAAUACACCAUUGCUUGGUGCUGGGGAUAGUACCUGGUCUGUACCACCAACUUCAAGGGACUCUGGUGGAUGGCCUGACUCCUCUGCCAAUUCUGCUAGCUCCAGCUCUACUGGCCAGGAAUCUCAUUGGUCAUCUGGGUCAACUGGAGAUAAUCCGAGCUCCCAGAACUACAUAUCUGAUCUAGUCCCUGAAUUUGAGCCUGGAAAACCAUGGAAGGGUAAUCAGGUGAAGAACAUUGAAGAUGAUCCAACCAUUACUCCUGGUUCUGUUGGUCGCUCACCUUUAUCCAUUGCCACUAUCAAAGAUUCUGACAUCUUUAGCAACAUUGGAGGGGACAACAGCCAUAAGGGAGCCUCUGGAGCCUCAACAAAUGUAAAUGGAUCUGCCAUUCCUGGCACAACUGUCACAACAUCAAUGGAUUCUGUGUUCACUUCUGGUCUCACUCUCUCAUCCACUUGGAGUUUCCCUUCCUCUAUUGCUUCAUCGAAGGGUGCAUGGUCUGAUGGCUCUUCAGACAUAUGGGGACCUAAAUCUCGUGGACCUCCUCCUGGAAUGGCAAACAAGAGUGGAGCACCAGGUUCUGGUACUUCAAGCUGGGCUGGCCUUGGCUCUGGCUCAAAUAGUGGAAACAACUCCUCUGGGAAUCGUAACUGGGGCUGGAGUGAAGGUGGACAACCAGUGCGCAGUGGUCCUGGCUCCAGUGCCAGUGGAGGGAGCAAUCCAAAUUCAUCAACAUGGCUAGUGCUCAAGAAUCUGACACCCCAGAUUGAUGGAUCAACCCUGAAGACUCUAUGCAUGCAACAUGGUCCACUGUCCACAUUUCACUUGGUGCUUCAGUUGGGUGUGGCCUUUGUCAAGUACAAUUCUCGUGAAGAAACCAUCAAAGCACAAAAUGCUCUGAACAACUGUGUCCUGGGGAACACCACGAUCUUGGCUGACUCCACAACAGAGGCUGAAGUGCAGGCAUUUAUUUCUGGUCCCAGUGGGCAGAACCAAGGUGGCAGUGGAAGCAACCCCAGUACCUGGGUUGCUCCCAAUGCUCCUACUCCUACCCCUGCUCCAUCAAAGGCUGGUGGUGAUACUUGGUCCUCCUGGCCGAGUUCAGGCUCUUCAUCUGUGUGGGGGCCAGCUGGACUCAAUGAUUCUGACCCAGGACAUGCCUCGUCUCAUCCCAUCAACUCGCUCCUCCCCGGUGAUCUUUUGGGGGGCGAGAACAUGUAAAGUGUGAUCCUCCUGGAUUCCCUCCUGUCUUGUCUGUUUGCACGAUAUCCAUUCCUGAGUUGAUAUCUGAUUUAAGCCAAGCUGUGUUACUCACUGCAUUAUGAUGUACAUUUUUUGACCUAGGUUUAGAGUGGCUCAUGUAUUGAGUACCCCCCACAGACUUGCCUAUCCUCCCAGGUAGGCAAAAAAGUAUUCGUGAUGGGUGUACCACAGCCUUGUUCGAUUUGACGCUGAAGCUGUUCAAUUUCCUCCCUGACCUCAGCUGUAUCGUUGCCAAGUACUAGGGUAGCUCUUGAUGUUGAAACCAGUGGCCCCCUUUGAUCUUUGAUCUGUAGAUGGAGAGAGAGGAGAGAUUCUGGUGAUGGUUACUUUCUUGUGUCACUCCUUUCCUCCCUCUCUUUUCUCCAAGUCAUGACCGUAUCUCAGCGAUUCGUGAUGGCUCCAUUUAGGGUGCAACCUAAAGACUGGGAUGUUUAUCAAAUAUGAAGAGAGAAGCAAAGAGAUUAUCAGUGAACCCUUAGGCUUAGGCUAGAAACUUUAUCAAUAAUAUUAUCAUCAGUCAUUGUAACUGUUUCUGUGGAUACUUGUUUCUAUAGCAAAGGGAUUCAUGGUGUCUCCUCAAAGUUUUAUCUAUGUCUCCUGGAAAUCAAUUGUGAUAGGAGUGUGAGGACUCGAUGGAUAUGAGACAACAUCUGCCACGACAAUCCGGCAUUAUGCCGGUCUCGCCUUCUUGCCUGAGGCAUGAGUGCUGAUGGGAGUGUAUGAUGAACCCAGUUGACCUUGUGGGAAAGUGAUUCAAACUCUGGAAAUUCUCUGAUGAAAAUGCAAAAAAAAGGCGAUGGGUGGCUGGAGCCAUCGUCGCGUGUGAUGCCUUUUUGGUGCUGCAGUGUCCCCAUGUUAGCAGAUCCUCACCUAAUCCCAAGCUCAGCUUUAUUGGAAUACAAUAUCCCUCAACCAAGUUGAAGUGCAGCUUGGCUAUCCUGCACAAAAAUGACUGUGUGCAUGUUCCUAACAAGUUUAAGAGACUUCUCUCCCCAAUCCCUCUACUCCUAAUUUGCUCCUGUUUGCUUUUUUCUUGUACUUUUCGAGCUCAGAUGAGUAACAGUAUGCUUUCAGGAAUGAUCAUUUGCUUCCCCUGGUCACAGUGUUUUAUAUUAUUUUUCAAUAGUUAGAAAUGGACCUUUCUGAAACAAAUCAUAUCAGGAUUUUUGUGUAUGUUAUGUGUGCAUGGGAGAAUGAAUGAACUUGUGCUUUAACUUUGACUGAGUGCACGCACGGAUGUACAUGGGAGUCCUCUCCCUCUGCGAGCACCUGUGCAGAGCUUGCCAAAAAUCCCAUUGUCCCCAAAAUCAAGUGAUGUACUCGAGAAAGAAGUUCAAAUCUUGAACUAUGUCAGCCUAUGCGUUGCAAUAGAGUUUGAUUGAGCUCCUGAUUGGAGUUCCUUCCUAUGUGUACAGGAGCAAGGUAAGUACUCCACAUCAAACUAAAAACAAAAUGAAAAGAUGAAAAAAAAAGAUGACCAAAUGAGAUCUGCACGCAGAGGUGUGCAUCUCUGCAUUAAUUCCCCUCAGUCCCUAAGGUGGAGGUGAUAUUUGUAUAGAAACCAAUUUGCAUCCUUCCACAUUUUUUGCGGCAUUUAGUCGAUGGUGCAGGUUGGUGCACAUUCGUUGUCAUCCGUGCUUCAUCCCCCUCGAUGCAAGUGAUAAUGUCCCCACUACAGGAGAUUGGAAAAAAUUACAAAAAAAGAAAAAAAAAAGUGGUUGAAUGUGAUGGUGCAAUAUUUUUCCAUUGUCUGCACUGUGCGAUAGUGUGUGUCCUCUGGAUCUGGAGGAGAAAGACCAGUCAGAUACAGGAUCAUAUCACUUCCAACCUGUAUGCUUUUGUGCGUGGUGGUUGCUUAGUACCUGCUUCUCUGUCUCUUGUCGAUAGCUCCACGUCUUCCACAUAGAAGAAACAUACCAGUAGGAUUUGACAGGUGUCUGACUUCUGACCAGGGAUGGCAAUCGAUGCCAGUAAAAUCUGCCAUAUGCAACAUGAUCCAGGAAUCACAUCUUUAUUUGUUUGAUUUACAUCUCUUUUUCUAGCCAUAGUGAAUGGACAAACUUUGUGGGUCUCACAAGACAUUCCAUACUCCGGAUUAAGAAGUUAAAGGAUGGUCAGAGUUUUUCUUUAUUCCAGGACAGGCAGUCAUCUGAGGUUGUGUAUCCACGGGUGGUGUUUGUGAUAGCGGGAGCCUCUUUUGAGUCAAACCUUUGUGCCUUCCUCCAUUUAUCUCUGUUGGUCUCUGGACAUCCCGGUCACAGCAUAAUUCCUCACUUCUGAAUGAGAUGAACCAGCUGGGAUCUUCCGUGUUUGUCUGUGAUGCCUCAUAAUGCAAUCUCAAUCCAAGGGAAAUUGGUUUUUUGUGUCUUGGCCACAAAGCCUGGGAAUGUGAUUCAGUGAUUGGCUCUGGUGAUGAUUGUGCAUGAAAGAAAUUCCUCUCAGGUCCCACUGCCUUCCUCUUGCAGAAGUGGUUCAUAUGGAGAUGAAGGGAAAAAAAUCGAAUGGAAAGGUUGUUGCAAGAGGGGCAGUGGUUCCUUGCCUCUUGCCACAGUUGGUCACCUCUCUUUGCACUAGUCAUUUAACUGAGCGAGAUAGAUGUAGCAUUUCCCACAAAGGAAACAGUGCCAACUCUUCUAUCUCUUCUCUCAAGUGUUCCAUGGAAAAUGGCCUGCAUUUUUCAAUCUGUAGAGGGUAGAGAAUCCACCACUGCUCAAACCUUCAUCGGAAACCCAUAGCCUGGGUUUGUGCACAUGUGAGAAUUGUCUGUUGACAUGCCAACAAUCAGACAGAAAACCACUUGUCAUUCUCUUCCUCGACAGUCCAUUGUGAUAUCAUGUUGUCCUUCUCCCAUAAUUGCCUUGGUUCUUGUUUCCAUUCCCCACUCUGUGUGUUUUGACACCGUCCUGAUGGUGCACUUCACAAAAAAAGUUUAAAAUGACAGAAAAUGUAAAAAAAAAAUACAUAAAAAGAAAGAAGCAGCACCAGAGGACGUUGUUGAAGAUCUCUUACGUGAUGUGUAUGAAACUAACCAGUAUCUGGCCCGGUAGCAGGUUCAGUAUUGGCAGCAGCUUUUGGUUUUUCACAAGCUCAAGUAGGGCUUUCAUAGGUCAGCCUCUCUCAUGUCUCGUGUGGAUGGUUUUUUUUUUUUUUUUGUAAGUCUGUCAAGCCAGAAGGGAGCAAACUAAAAAGAAAACCAAUUGGAUGGUAUGCAUUUGCACUUGUGAUGGCGGCGAUUUUUAAGAAAGGGUCCUGUUCAUGCAUGAGACCCGCUCAAGCACCAUGUUUCCAGCUUCAUUUUGCUCCCUCCUUCACCCUGUUUCUCAGUAAUAAGAGAAAGAAAGCCUUUUUGAUGUGUUCAAAUGUUCGUACAAAAGGGGGAUUGCAUUGCCCCGUUGCCGGCCAAUUUAUCAUUACCCAUUUGAAGGUGCUUCAUGUGCGAAUGGAGCUCUCCUUGUUCCUGCAACAACAUUGUGAGCCAAAAACUAAACAAAGUAACCUAGCGAUUCCAAAGACGUAUUCAAUAGUUUUUCGUAAGCUGUCUUUGAUCUUUGUGAUGGAGCGGUACCUGAUGUGAAGUUGGAAGAAAAAUUGUAUUUAUUUGCUCUUACAAUAGUGACAAAAGGAAAAUAUGAAGUCAAAAUUUGUUUCCAGUGAGCUAAUGCCUAUCUCGCGAUAUUGGAGCCUUAUUGGUGCGAUAAACCUCACAAUGAUCUGGUUAAAGUGAUCUUCCUUUUAUCAAAGCGUCUCUGGGGUCUCUCGUGUCACAAUUCUCGAUUGCUCAAGUGUCCCUAGUUUCCUGUGAAGUCGCUCGAGACCCGGUUGAACUCCUCUUGAUCUCUUGUGUGAACUUCCAGCCUUAAGGCCUAUUUAUCUUGCAGAAUUCCGAAUUGAAGAAUACCAGCCAAAAUGAUGGUUUCACCAUAUCGAAUGAUCAUGUCCCAUGAGGUGGAUGGCAUUAAGCGAGAUGUGCAAGUGCCUUGGAAGUUGGCAGAACAGAAUAGGAGAAAUGCUGGUUGCAGGAAAGGGAGAAGUGUAACUUUGAAGCAUUGUUAUGAUCUAGUCACAUUUUUGCCGUUGGGGACGUUACCGUGCUUCCAGGAAGCUGGAGUGGGAAUAUGCAGUAUCGUGAUGAAGCUAUGUAUGAAUGUCGUCAACACGAACAUGGGCUUGCCCCGAGUUGUCGGGAGUUUUCUCCAGUUCCUUGUGAUAGUCUUUCGUUCUCUCCUUUGUUUUUGUCCCUUUCAAGGCAAGCACUAGCACCUCGGGUCUCGAGGAGUCCCAUUCGGAUCUCACUCAUAAUGCCAUAGGGUCUUGGAUCUGUCUCAGAUGUGAGUGCGUUUCACACAAGACUUUAGACUGUUGAUCAUCCCUCCCAGAUUUCCAUCCAGUGUGCCUGCUAGUUCUUUUUUUUGUUGUCAUCUCCUUCCAGGUUGAUUGGGAAUGAUGACCAAAUUCACCAUGCAUCUGUUCAGGGUUUUAAGCCAUUCAGUCAAGUCCUGCAAUUCUCAGAAGCAAUUCCAUGUAAUCUAAGUCCAACGUAGAAUAUAAAAGAUUAUUUAUCUCUUUUCCACAGUGCCAAAAAUUUUUUUUAAAAUUUGAUUGGGUGAGUGUGGCAGUAACAUGACAACUCCUGAUCUCUUCUAUUUCCCCCCAGGUCCCCUUAAUUUUUGUAGAAUCAUCAUUCAGUUUCUUCUUCCCGGCACAAUCUGUCUCUCUUGUUCUUCUACCAGACCCUUCCUUGAAAGUCGUCCAGGAGAGAAACAGAGAGCGUAUUGUGUGCAUGCCUAAAGCUAAAAACACAUAAAUUGAGGAAACAACAGAGGUGUGCAGUGUGUGCUACUUUGCUCAGUGGGGAAAUUUGCUGGUGUUCACCCAUCAGUCUGUGUUGUCUCUGGCUUUCAAAAAAGAAUCUUAGGAUUAAGGAUGAGGAGGGAAAGAUAAAUUGGUGGUAUUUUCAAGUAUCUACAAUAUUAGGUUUAGUUUCCCCCUUGUUAUGUAUAAAGUACCUAACAGAAGCUUUAUUAGCCUGAGCUGCGAAUGAGGGGGAUGGAGCACGGAACCAGUGUCGAGGGUCAUGAUUCCUGUGACAUGAACAGAUAUCGUGUCUUUCUCUUCAUGCCGACCCUCUGUUAUGAUUAUUGUACAGUGGAGGAUGGAUGGAUGAAUGAAUGGUGGUAUGUAUGGUAUUUGGGGGUUGUGUUUUUUGUCGUGUUUAUCUUCCCCACAUAUAAAUGUACACUGAAGCACUUCUGAAAUUGUUCAUCUUGUGAUAUAAUGGAUUGUCUAUGGUAGAAGAGGUCUUCUCUGCCACUCUUUCCUUUUGCUUCUCUAAUCCACUCUUAGUUCAUAGAAAAUGGUUGAUUUCCAUCCCUGAGGAGGAUCAUAGUCUGCAUUGAAAAUUUUGAUUGGGCCAGCUUUUGCAGCUCUGCUUCCUGUCUCUUGUUCAGGGUCGAGUCAGAGGCCAAGGCUUGUGAUUGAAUCAUCAAAGAUCUGUGAUUCUCCCUCUCAUAGUCAAAUGAAGCAUUCCACAUUUUGAAAGAGGCAUAAUAACUGCAAGUCACUGGUUCUGAGGUUGACUCGGCCCUGGUCUCCUUCCUUGUGGUUCCCCUUGAUGUGCUAAGAAUCCCCACAUGUGGCCCAGAUCCUCUCCUGUUCUUUGCUUUAGUAGUGAAUUGAUAGGAGAAUGAGGUGUGCAUCGAUGAUUUUCCCCAUUUUAACAGUAUUUUGUCUGUCCCAUCUUUUUUUUAUGAAAUCACUCCUGUUUAAUUUGUGGGGGGAAAGAAAGCAGCACUUGGGAAAAGUGAGCAGUAAUCUGAUUGACUUCCACUGAUAUGUCUCGCUUUUAUUGCAUUAUUUAUCUUGUAUCUACUUGUAAAUGUCUCGAUUGAGUCAAUAAAGUAGACUGUGUGACAA